AUGCGGCCGUCCGGGGAAGCGUUCGCAUUCCUCUCGUUCCUAUGUACUGUUUCCGCCUUUACCGAGCUAUCGCUUGACUGCGCGGGCCGGAAAGGCCAAGAAGACGCGGCCUGUCAACAGCCGCCGGAGCCCAUCGCGACGGUGGUACCCGGCUCGUUCUACGUCGCAAGACUUCCAUGUGGUCCUAACUUUUGCACUACCAAAACACUGACUGGCGAGGGCCCGAACCAAACUGUCACCUACGCAGCGCAGGACUUUGACUUGUUCUUCAACAUAUCUCUCUCGUCGGACAACCGUACCCUUUUCCUGAACGAUGUGCCCAUAUACCCUUCCAUCCGAAUGUCUCCGAGACCGCCGGACCUUGUCGCAGGCCAAGUCCCACGAAACUUCACGCGCGCCGACCUCGACGACACGAUAGCCUGCACUAGAGAACAUUGUCAGACUGGAAGCUUGCCCUGCCGCUGCUUGAGUCCGCAGAUAUCUAGCGUCGCCUUGGACUUCGACUACUAUUCGCAUUGGUUGGAAUCGCAUCCCGAGACGCAGACGCAGAAAUGGGAGAUCACAUUCGACGCCAUUGGCGGCGAGGAUCUUGCUUUUUUCAGGGACGAGAGGCAAUACAUGCUACGGAUUAUUCUGGAUGGAAAGGAGAUAAAGGCGGAGAAUUUUGCUGGGGAGAAAGAUCGGCAGGCUGCUAGCAGCCUCUUCGACGUCCCAAAAGAAGAGGGGAAGGUAUAUGCGUAUGGGAUUGCGAGCGUGGAGUUUGCAGAAAGAACCCACAUAUUUACAAUUCCGGGUCGACCGCUGGGUCCGUGGACCAAGUUCCGCCAUUUCUUUGGCUUGGACGUCGUUGAGGAAGACGGGCACGUCAUCUUCAUCCAUGAAGAAUGGGGCUGGUACGGCAAGAAAGGCUCGCUCCCCAACGCGCUGGGAAAGAUCAUCAACGACUGGCCGUGGGCCCUCAUCUUCAUCAUCUUCGGCAGCAUCAUUGGAGGCAUUCUCGCGCUCAUCGCAGCCUGGAAACUGUUCUUCCUCGUCAAGCGACAACGAGAGCUGGCGAGAUGGGACGGCAUGGACGUGGUUUGGGAGCGGAUGCGGCGGCAACCGAGCGAUGAAGAGGAGGAAGGUCUGUUGCGUGCAGGCUAUAGAGAUGAGCCUGAUGAGACGAGACCGCCACCAUAUACGGAUGAGGUGGAUACGAAUAAGCCGCUGCCGAGCAAACCUUUGCCCGAGAAGCCACUACCUGCUCCUCCACUUAUCGAUACAUAG